GCAUUGCUGUAUUGUUCACUACUUAGCAUUUGUAACUUGAAAGCAUUGGCUCCGCCCACAAACCCUUGACUGAAACUUCAAGGGGAGGAGUCUAGUCAUUUUGCAACAACCAAUGGCAGUCCUGUAAGCUCAAAUUGCAAAAUGAAAGCCAAAGCGCCUGCGUAAGUCAACAAAGUUUGCGCCAUUCUUUGAAACAAUUCCAGAUCCUUUGUCGCGUGUUUCAAAAUUUAGUUUCUUUUCGCUGGUCCCCAAAUAAGACGCGAAUUUGUGCUCCAAAAGCAGCAACUUCUUAGUCGGAAAAUCGGUUUUCACUGAAUACAUUUCUCGCCUGGGUUGCGAUGGCCAGUUCAAGUGGUGAACCUUCUGAUGAAGUGGCUAAUAAGCGUCCUCGCCUGGUGGCUAAUCCCAAGGCCACCAAAAUAGUUGAACACCCAGCGCCCAAUGUCGUCAAUCGGGUGCCCAAGUGCGCCCGCUGCCGGAACCAUGGGAUCAUUUCAGAGCUGCGGGGUCACAAGAAGCUCUGCACCUACAAGAACUGCAAGUGCGCCAAGUGUGUCCUGAUCUUUGAGAGGCAGCGCAUCAUGGCCGCUCAGGUUGCCCUGAAGCGCCAGCAGGCAGUGGAGGAUGCGAUUGCCAUGCGGCUGGUGGCCAACAAGACGGGUCGUUCCAUCGAUGCACUGCCGCCAGGAAACAUCUUCGGUCUGACCGUCACGCAGCCCAGUUCGCCGCGUCCCAAGCGAGAGGAUGACCAGGCGGAGAAGCCCAUUUCGGAGGAGCAGCAGCAGCAGCUCAUGCGGAAGGAGGAGGAGUACAGCGAAUCGCCGGCGGUGGCCCAGGAUCUCAGUGCGCCCCGAAGAGAUAACGUCUCCCAAACGGCCAUUGACAUGCUUGCCCAGCUCUUUCCGCAGCGCAAGCGAUCUGUCCUGGAGUUGGUGCUCAAGCGCUGCGAUCUCGAUCUGAUUCGGGCCAUCGAGAAUGUCUCGCCCACUGGCAAGUCCUCGCCAGUGGAUGUCACCAGCAACCAGUUGCCCAGCCAGGAGCCGGUCAUGUUGACCACUGUGCCACAGCCCACGCCGCCCAGGAGCAGCGCCUUCAGGCCUGUGAUAACAGAUCAGUACCAGAGCAAAUCGGUGGUAGAGCUGAAGCCGCCGGUCUUUGGAGGCAGUGCAUCGGCGGCGGCGGCAGCUGCCAUUUGUGCGUACCCCAAGUGGUUUGUGCCGCUCUCCUUUCCGGUAACCAUGGGCCACCUAUCCAAUCUGGCGCCAAGAUGCACCCUGCCCAACUGCGCCUGCCUGGACAGCUACCAGUUGCACUAGGAGACCACCCAUCUAGUACUUACUAACUCGCAUAAAUAUAAUUCUAAUGAAAU